AUGGAUUCCUUCGAAUUUGACAACGUCAAGGCCGAGAAAGAAGAUGCCUUAUGGCGAUACAACAUGGAGAGGAAGUUGAUGAUCGGUUUUCGGUUAAUCGGGUUUUUGUUGGCUUUAUUUUUGCUAUUAUGGCUUUGCUUCCCCACCAUCGUCGAGUCUGCUAAUCAUUUUCGCCUCCGUUUUGUUUCUGCUUUUAACAAACCUCUCUUCACUUUCAUCAUUGUAAACAUCAUCAUCCUUGCCGUUUAUGCUUUGUCUAACCAAAAAAGGACCCACAAACAAAGCACUAGAAACAACAUCUACGACGAAUACGUCAGCUCUUACCGGAGUAUACCAGCGAUAUCUGCCGUUGUGACGGCCAACGUAUCGGACUUUCCAGUCACAGAGGUGUCGAGGGUGGACAAACGAAUCGUGUUGGUAGAAAAUGCGGUUGCUGCUUCUCCAGUAAAGCAGCGAGCUAAGAUAAUUGAUACAAUUACAGAAAGUAAAAUUUCGGUUUCAACAGUUAAACAACCUAAGACGAAGGUUUGUUCAACUGAAGUGAAGCAAAAACAGUACGAAAGAAGUCGAUCAAUGGUAUCAGAAUGUCGACAGAGGGAGUCCUUCCGGGAGUUUCGGAGAUCGGAGACAGCUGUGAGUAGCCGAGAAAUGGUGAUGUCAGGUAUAGAGCCGGCGAGGAAAUCAAUGGAGGAAAUGAGCAGUGAAGAGUUUCAGUUGAUAAUUGAUAGUUUCAUAGCUGAAAGGAGGAAGACUCUAAUGCAAGAAAAUAUUGGUCACUAUAGUAGGAGAAAAGAAUCCAUUGUAGGUAGAGCACGGGGCUGUGAGUUGGCGCUCGGGUAUGGGUUCAGAGACUGGGGCGACGUGUGGCCGUGCGUUGGCCCUUGGCACGAGGGUAUGGGUCUAGGCUGGAGCAGCAUGGGGGUACAGAGGCGGUACAGAGGCCGAGGAUGCUGA